AUGUCGACAUACGACUCCCUCCACCGGCAAUGCCGAACCCUCGAGUCUCUAUUCGACACCAAGCUCACCUCCUAUGCUCGCCUCGCAUCGGCCGUAACACGAGGACAGGACGACCUCGAGGCGACCGGCUCUGCGGAGCGGUGGAAGGACCUCGAGGCAGAGGUGGACGAGUUGCUUGACAAGCUUCGAGAGCUGAACGACCAACUGUCUACGUUGUCGCAUGACACGGACAAUCCUCCGUCGCAGUCGAUGCUCCGCGCCAUUCAGCGGCACAGCGAAGUAUACCAGGACUAUGCGCGGGAACUGAGACGAACAAAGACGAAUGUGCAGAGUGCACUGGAUCAGGCGAACUUGCUGAGUGGUGUACGGAAUGACAUCGACGCAUACAAGUCCUCCGCAGCAGAUGCGCUCCUCUCCGAGCGGGGCCACAUCGACGACUCGCAUCGCAUGACAGACGACAUCCUAGCGCAAGCAUAUGAGACGCGUUCCGAGUUCUCUCGCCAGCGAUUGACACUGUCCGGGAUACAAACACGCAUGUCGGGUGUUCUGCACACCAUGCCCGGAAUGAAUAACCUCAUUGCCAUGGUCAAAACUCGUCGACGACGCGACGCCAUCAUCGUCGGCUGCAUCGUGGGCGUGUGCUUCAUUUUCCUGCUGAUGUACAUAUUCUAG